CACUUCCCGGCGGCCGGGGCGGGGCGGACCUAGGGCGGCUGUCCCGAGCACUUUGGCUCCGGGCUGCUCUGCCCUGCUGCCCGCCACGUCCUCACGCCGGACCGGGGGUGCCUUCGCCGUCCGAGGGCCGCCCGGCCUCUGCAGGCCUGCCGCGCCCGGGAGCGGCACUCCUCUCCAACCCUGGAUGCGACUGUUAGCAGAGCGCAGCGUCUGCCUGUGUCCCCCAUGUGCCACAAAGCAUGCCGCGGCCCGGGACUGCUCCCCGCAGCCGCCCUCGCCUCCUGCAAAGCCAGACCUCACCUGACGAGCACACGGCGCCAAGCCCGCCGCUCUCCGAGGAGGAAGAUGGCCCAGCCCGGGAACACGCCCUGAGCACCUGCUUCUGAUCCUCAGCCAAGCCUCGGGCAUUGUGCGCAGCCUGAGAGGAGCCCGCCGGGGGCCUCGCGGACCGCCCCAGCCUCGCCCCGCCUCACCCACAAGAUGUGGACCGCCCUUGUGCUCGCUUGCGUUUCCUCCUUAUCCUUGUCUGGACGCCUAGUGGCCGCCCAGGACUCAGGGCCCCCAGCCUUCAGCCGGACGGGCGGCAGCGUGGUCCCGGAAAGCACCCCCAGGGAAGCAGCGGAGAGCGCCUUCACCACAACGACCGCUCGAACGACGCCCCCCUCUCCCGACCCGGCGGCCGCAGGGGCGCUGGGAGCCAGCCGCAGCCCUCUCGCGGUCACAGCGGGGAGCGCACCCAGGACAGAUGUGGGCACCCCGGCAACUGUGGCAGGUGGCCCUGACCUCCCGGCCUCCGGGCAGCCCACGCCGCCCUCCCCGACGCCCCCUGGGCCAGCUCCGUCCUCCGCGGCCGCUCUCACCAGCCCCCGCACCCAGGCGCCCAGCAGCAGCACGUCGCCGAGAGCUACCCCCCUGGUGCCACUGGCCUCCAGCACUCCCACGGCUGCCGCCUCCUCGGCAAAGGCGAGCAGCCCCCUGGGCACACAGGACCCUGCCAAGCGCACGCCCGGCCCCUCCACGGCGAGCCCCCCGCCCUCCGUGGGUCCCCACACACCCAACACGUUCUUAGGAGACCCCACCACCCAGGCGUCGACUGCCCAACCGGUGGCAGAGACAGCGAGUAGGUCCACUACCCCGUCCCUCACGAACGCAACCGCAGCGUCCACCCUCUCCUCUGUGGCCUCUGCGUCCACCCCAGCAGUGACAGCCACCAAGACACAAGCCGAGGGGGGGUCAGCUGCCAGCACAGUGCCAGCUUCUGGGCCUCACGCCAGCUGGACGCCUGCCGUGGAGCCUCUGUCUCCCAUGACACCGUCAAGCCCCGCUCCACCUCCCCAGGGGACCACAGGCCCGGGCACGCCCCCCACGCCAGAGCAGGUGCCGCCUGAGGCCACAGGCGGCACUGCCUCCACCAGCCCGACACCCGGGAGCUCAGGGGACCCUAAGGUGCCAACCACAGACUCGUGCCAGCUCAGCACCCAAGGCCAGUACCUGGCGGUCACCACCAACCCCCUGCCCCUGUCCCCGGUGAACAGGAGUGUCCUCCUGGCCGUGCUCUUGCUCGGGGUGACCCUUUUCGCCACGGUCUUGGUUCUGUUCGCCCUGCAAGCCUACGAGAGCUACAAGAAGAAGGGCUACACGCAGGUGGACUAUUUAAUCAACGGGAUGUACGCGGAUUCAGAAAUGUGAGGGGCGGGGCGAGCACGCGAGAGGGACGGGCCGUGCUCCUCCCGGUUUCCCUCCCAGACCAAACCGAGUGCUUCUGAGUUCCCUGGUGCGACUUACAGAGAUGCCAGACGCUUAAACACAUUUAAUAACUGUCAGAUUAAUUCCACGAUCGCUAAAGAGUUACUGCUUUUUUCGUA